UUAAGAUCCGACCAGCUUUUUGUUGAUUUCACAUCGUUUUGUCUGGACCAUGGGCAUGUUUUUCCGCUCCAUUGUUGACAGAGGAGUGGGCAAACGGAAGCAGAACGCUCUCUUUGCAGAUUCAUGCUCCAGGAUCCCUUUGACCUCCCUGCUGGAGGGCUACCAGUGCAUCCUGCACGAUGAGCACAUCUCUUAUGGGAGCAUUGGCGACUCGGUGCCACCAUUUGGACUGGCCUUCUCCUCUGCUGCAGAGCAGCAGCAUGUUCUCGCAGCAGCUAAUGAAGAAGGAAUUGUUAGGAUCUACAACACAGAGAGCCACAAAAAACCUCUUCUUAAAGAAUGGCUGGCUCAUGAGAAUGCUGUCUUUGACAUUGCAUGGGUUCCAGGAGAGCCUCAGCUGGUGACUGCUGCAGGUGACCAGAUGGCCAAGCUGUGGGACGUGAAGACCGGAGAGCUGUUAGGCAGCUUUAAAGGCCACCUCUGCAGCCUCAAGUCUGUUGCAUUCGCUCCAGGGGAAAAAGCUGUUUUCUGCACUGGAGGAAGGGAUGGAAAUAUUAUGGUCUGGGAUAUCAGGUGCAGUCAAAAAGAUGGUUUUUACAAGCAGGUGAAGCAGAUCAGCGGCGCUCACAACAAAGCCGAGACAAAUCCUCCGUCUAAAGGAAAAAAGAGACGCAGCGGCAUGCGUGGCAUGGCUCCCAGUGUGGACACCCAGCAGAGUGUAACAGUGGUUUUGUUUUGGGAUCAGCACACGCUCAUCUCUUCCGGGGCUGUUGACGGAGUAAUAAAGAUGUGGGAUCUGAGGAAAAGCUACAGCCCUUCUCGCUACGACCCCGUACCCCUGCAGACGUACCCGUACGCCGGCUCUUGCACACGCAUGCGUCUGGGUUAUUCUGGUCUCGUUCUGGACUCCUCAAGAUCUAACGUCAUGUGUAACUGCACAGAUGACAACAUCUACAUGUUCAACGUCUGUGGGAUAAAAACAGCUCCAGUGGCAGUCUUCAGUGGACACCAGAACUCCACGUUUUACGUCAAGUCCUCAAUCAGCCCCGAUGACCAGUUCCUGGCCAGCGGCUCGAGUGACAACCAUGUAUACAUUUGGAAGAUUUCUGAUCCACAACACCCUCCCAUGAUGCUUCAGGGUCACAGUGAGGAAGUGACAUCUGUUGCAUGGUGUCCGACAGAUUUCACCAAAAUUGCUUCCUGCUCUGAUGAUCACACUGUCCGGAUAUGGCGGCUUCAACGGAAAACUGAUGAUGCACAGUCAUCGGUGGGGGAGGCUAACCUUAUAGGUUGGGCGCAUCCGAAAUCUCCCACAAUGCCCUCGGUCCAAGCUGAAACAACCCCAGCCAGAACCCAGAGGACGGAGAGCCUUGGAGGCCUGGCCUCCCCACUGCUUGCUGCCUGUGCCCCCAGUGGAGCUGCUCUGCCUCUGCCCUCCAGCACCACAUCGCCCAUCCUGUCCAAGCCACCUUUUGUUCUGCAGAGGGCGUCACCGUCUAUCAUACAGUGGCUGUCUCCAACCCACGGAUCUCCACCACAUCAGGAGCUGAACCUGUGUCCUCUGAGCCCACCGAGCAGCGCCUCUGCAGCCAAGCAACAAGCCAAACGCCGGCUGGGAGCGGACGACGGUUCACCCGCAGGCCGCGAGGACACCCAACAGUGUGACUGCGAUACUAAACUCUCCCCUGCGGCCAAAAGAAGUCGCGACGUGUCCGACGUCUUCUGCAACUUUCAGGAAAGCCCAGACUCUGACACAGAGGGCAGCAGUCAAACCGCCUCCAGACAGACUGGGAGGGAGAACUGCAGUCCAACAAACUGGUUGUCAGAAAUGAGCCAAAAGAUGAAAAGCAAUCAAGAAAGUUUCAGUACUUUCAGGAGUCCCAUCAGCAUUAAAAAACAAGAUGGCAGGACUCAUACUUCACCAGUUCUCCGCUCCCCGCACACCACAAAGAAAAUCCCCAUGUAUUUUACAAAGAUGCCUCAUGAGUGA